AUGUCUACAACUCCUAUAAAUGUUCUUGUCAUUGGUAAUGGUGGACGUGAACAUGCUUUAGCUUGGAAACUUGCACAAUCUCCUCUAGCAGGAAAGAUUUACGUUGCGCCAGGUAAUGGAGGUACUGCUACCAUGGGCACCAAAGUGGAAACUGUUUCUAUUGGAUCUUCUCCAGCAGAUUUCUCCAAGUUGGUUGAGUUUGCAACAUCUAAAGACGUCGGAUUAGUCGUUCCAGGCCCAGAACAACCAUUGGUUGAUGGUAUAGCCGACGCUUUCAAACACGUCGGUAUUCCAGUAUUUGGCCCUUCAACAGCAGCGGCACGUAUGGAAGGUUCUAAGGCAUUUUCCAAAGAUUUCAUGAAGGCAUACAACAUCCCAACGGCAAGUUAUGAAAAUUUUACUGAUUAUGAAGAGGCGAAGAAAUAUGUCACAAAUGCCAAGACUAGAUUGGUUAUCAAAGCAUCUGGUAUUGCUGCAGGUAAGGGUGUUUUAAUUCCUGAAACGACAGAAGAGGCCCUAGGGGCAAUCAAAGAAAUCAUGGUAGACAGGGCUUUUGGUGAUGCCGGUGAUGAAGUUGUCAUUGAAGAAUACCUAGAAGGUGACGAAUUAUCCAUCUUGUGUGUAUCGGAUGGUUAUUCAUAUGUGUAUUUCCCACCUGCACAGGAUCACAAGAGAAUUGGUGACAAUGACACUGGAUUGAAUACCGGUGGUAUGGGUGCAUAUGCACCGGCACCAUUGGCUACUAAGUCCUUACUUGCUAAAAUUGAAUCAAGCAUCUUAAAACCAUCCAUUGACGGUAUGAGAAAAGCAGGAUAUCCAAUGGUUGGUUGUUUGUUUGUUGGUAUUAUGGUUACUCCAUCCGGUGAACCAAAAGUGUUAGAAUAUAACGUUAGAUUUGGAGAUCCAGAAACGCAAACUGUUUUGCCUUUAUUAAAGAGUGAUCUCUUAGAGUUAUUCCUUGCAACGGCAGAACAUAGAUUAGACUCCGUACCAUUUGAAAUUGACCAAAAUAAGUCUGCAACUACUGUUGUUAUGGCAGCCGGUGGAUAUCCGGAAUCCUAUAAAAAAGGCGAUGAAAUCACCAUCAACAAAGAUGGCCUACCGGAGGACACUUUUAUUUUCCAUGCAGGUACUAAGUAUGAAAACAAAAAGAUUCUAACAUCUGGUGGUAGAGUUAUUGCAUCGACUGCAAUUGCAAAUUCUUUAGAAGAAGCGGUCAAAAAGGCUUAUGUUGGUGUUGAUCAGGUUUCCUUUAAUGGCAAAUAUAACAGAAAAGACAUUGCAUACAGAGCAUUCAGAGAUUCUAACAAGAAAAUAAGUAUCACUUACGAAGAUGCUGGUGUUUCGGUCGAUGCAGGUAAUCAAUUGGUUGAAAACAUCAAGCAGAUGGUUAAAUCCACCGCUAGACCAGGUGCCGAUUCUGAAAUUGGUGGUUUCGGAGGGUUGUUUGAUUUGAAGAGAGCUGGAUUUGGUGAUAUCGAUGAGACCAUUCUUGUUGCUGCUACGGAUGGUGUUGGUACCAAAUUAAGAAUCGCACAAAUAAUGGAUAUCCAUAAUACCGUUGGUAUUGACUUGGUUGCCAUGAAUGUCAAUGAUUUGGUUGUCCAAGGUGCAGAGCCUCUCAUGUUUUUAGACUAUUUUGCUACAGGCCACUUGGAUAUCAAUGUUGCAGCGCAAUUUGUGGAAGGUGUUGCUAACGGUUGUAAACUAGCUGGUUGUGCAUUAGUUGGUGGUGAAACCAGUGAGAUGCCGGGCAUGUACGCGCCAGGCCAUUAUGAUACAAAUGGUACUGCAGUUGGUGCUGUUUUGAAGAAGGAAAUCUUGCCUAAAUUCGACGAAAUGAAGGAAGGUGACGUUCUUUUGGGCUUAGCGUCUGAUGGUGUGCAUUCUAAUGGAUUUUCAUUGGUUAGAAAGAUCAUUGAUUCCACCGACUUUGAGUAUACCGAUGCGGCUCCAUGGAACCCUUCCAGAACUAUUGGUGAGGAAGUUUUGAUCCCAACCAGAAUUUACGUCAAGCAGCUGUUACCAUCUAUCAAGGAAAAUCUCAUUUUAGGUUUGUCCCAUAUCACUGGUGGAGGCUUAGUUGAGAAUGUUCCAAGGGCUUUACCAAAGCAUUUGGCUGCUUCCAUUGAUUUGAAGACAUGGGAGGUUCCUGAAAUUUUCAAGUGGUUGGGAAAGACCGGUGGUGUUCCAAUCAAGGAUAUCCUAAAGACACUGAACUUGGGUGUUGGUAUGGUUGUGAUUGUGAAACCUGAAAAUGUUGAGCAAGUGACGAAAAACCUACAAGCAGCCGGUGAGACUGUCUACAACAUUGGUAAGUUGGUGGGACGCAAAGGCGACGAGGCACAAUGUACUGUUUACAACACCGAGGGCAUGUACUAG